AUGGAUACGGCGGCGGAGAUGCAGAAGGUGGCGAGCCUCCGGAGAGGGGGAGGCGGGUCGUCGGCGUCGAUGUGGUGGGGCGCGGACAACGGGGUGUUCUCGAGGUCGCGGUCGUCCUCGAUGGCGGAGGAGGACGACGAGGAGGCUCUGCGGUGGGCGGCGCUCGAGAAGCUGCCCACGUACGACCGGGUGCGGCGCGCGAUCCUGCCGAUGGAGGGUGGCGCCGCCGCCGGCGGCGGGGAGGGAGGAGCCGGGGGUGCCGGCGGGGAGGCGGGUAAGAGGGUGGUGGACGUGCUCAGCCUCGGCCCGCAGGAGCGGCGGGCGCUGCUCGAGCGGCUCGUGCGCGUCGCCGAGGACGACAACGAGCGGUUCCUUCUCAAGCUCAAGGAGCGCAUCGACCGGGUGGGGAUUGAUAUUCCGACGAUCGAGGUGCGAUUCGAGCACCUGGAGGCCGAGGCGGAGGUCCGCGUCGGUAACAGCGGCCUCCCCACCGUCCUCAACUCCAUGACCAACAAGUUCGAGGAGGCCGGGAACGCGCUGGGCAUUGUGCCCAACCGGAAGCAGACCAUGCCCAUCCUCCACGACGUCAGUGGCGUCAUCAAGCCCCGCAGGAUGACUCUGCUAUUAGGCCCGCCAGGGUCUGGCAAGACCACCCUGCUACUCGCUUUGGCUGGAAGGCUCAACAAAGACCUCAAGUUCUCUGGCCAAGUGACUUAUAAUGGACACCAGAUGGAUGAGUUUGUGCCACAGAGGACAGCUGCAUACAUCAGCCAACAUGACCUUCAUAUUGGGGAAAUGACUGUUCGGGAGACACUCGCAUUCUCAGCACGCUGUCAGGGUGUUGGGACUCGCUUUGAUAUGCUAACCGAGCUGUCAAGGCGAGAGAAGGCAGCAAAUAUUAAGCCUGAUGCUGAUAUUGAUGCAUUUAUGAAGGCUUCAGCAAUGGAGGGACAAGAGACCAAUUUGAUUACAGACUAUAUACUGAAGAUAUUAGGACUGGAAAUAUGUGCAGACACGAUGGUAGGAGAUGAUAUGGUGAGGGGUAUAUCCGGUGGACAACGAAAGCGUGUCACCACAGGUGAAAUGCUUGUUGGGCCAGCCAAUGCACUUUUUAUGGACGAGAUAUCAACUGGGCUCGACAGCUCAACUACAUUCCAGAUCGUGAAGUCACUCAGACAGGCCAUCCACAUCCUCGGCGGCACAGCAGUCAUCUCCCUCUUGCAGCCUGCCCCUGAGACAUACGACCUAUUUGACGACAUCAUACUCCUCUCUGAUGGCCAGAUUGUGUACCAGGGCCCUCGAGAGGGUGUGCUCGAAUUCUUUGAAUUGAUGGGAUUCAAGUGCCCUGAGAGGAAGGGUGUUGCUGACUUCUUACAGGAAGUAACUUCCAAGAAAGAUCAGAAGCAGUACUGGAUGCAUCAUGAGAAGCCCUACCGGUAUGUGCCAGUAAAGGAAUUUGCUGGUGCAUUCCAGUCAUUCCACACGGGGAGAAGUAUAGCAAACGAGCUUGCCACUCCAUUUGACAAGAGCAAAAGCCAUCCGGCUGCAUUGACCACCUCGAGAUAUGGUGUCAGUGCCAUGGAGCUGCUGAAGGCAAAUAUUGAUAGGGAGUUCUUGCUUAUGAAGAGGAAUUCCUUCGUCUAUAUCUUCAGAACCUGCCAGCUGAUGGUGGUGUCGUUAAUUGCUAUGACCCUCUUCUUCCGUACAAAGAUGCAUCGUGAUUCAGUAACGGAUGGAGUCAUCUUCAUGGGCGCACUCUUCUUUUCUGUGAUGAUGAUAAUGUUCAAUGGUUUAUCUGAGUUACCACUAACUAUUUUUAAGCUACCAGUUUUCUUCAAGCAGAGAGACCUUUUAUUCUUUCCAGCAUGGACCUACACCAUACCCACAUGGAUCCUCAAGACCCCAAUGUCAUUUAUUGAGGUCGGUGGGUUUUGUUUCAUGUCAUACUAUGUGAUUGGGUUUGAUCCGAAUGUAGGCAGGUUCUUCAAGCAGUAUCUGCUUAUGUUAGCAAUCAACCAAAUGGCAGCGGCAAUGUUCAGGUUCGUUGGUGGGGCAGCAAGGAACAUAAUCGUUGCAAAUGUCUUUGGUUCAUUCAUGUUGCUAAUCUUUAUGGUUCUGGGUGGUUUUAUUCUAGUAAGAGAGAAAGUGAAGAAAUGGUGGAUUUGGGGAUAUUGGAUCUCCCCAAUGAUGUAUGCACAGAAUGCCAUCUCAGUGAAUGAGUUUUUGGGGCACAGCUGGGUCAAAGUCUUGAAUAAUUCUCUUUCCAAUGAGACCCUAGGCGUGCAAGUCCUCACGGCCCGUGGAGUCUUCCCAGAAGCCAAGUGGUAUUGGCUUGGCUUUGGUGCAUUGCUCGGAUUCAUCAUGCUCUUCAAUGGUCUCUUUACUCUUGCACUAACGUACCUGAAACCCUAUGGUAAGUCCCAGCCAUCAGUAUCUGAAGAGGAGCUGAAGGAGAAGCAAGCAAACAUAAAUGGUAAUGUUCUAGACGUUGUUACCAUGCCAUCAAGUACUAAUCAAGCAAUAGCUGGCAAUAUCGAAAUUGGUACAGAAAUUGCUGAUAAUUCUCAACCUACGCAAAGGGGUAUGGUUCUCCCUUUUGCUCCUCUUUCACUCACUUUCGACAACAUCAAAUAUUCCGUCGACAUGCCACAGGAAAUGAAAGCGCAUGGAGUAGCUGAUGAUCGGUUGGAACUUCUCAAAGGUGUCAGUGGGUCUUUCAGGCCAGGAGUGCUGACUGCGCUUAUGGGUGUUAGUGGUGCUGGAAAGACUACUCUGAUGGAUGUGUUGGCAGGGAGAAAGACAGGUGGGUAUAUUGAAGGAAACAUCACCAUAUCAGGGUACCCAAAGAAACAAGAGACAUUCGCACGUGUAUCAGGAUAUUGCGAGCAGAAUGACAUCCACUCACCGCAAGUAACAAUAUUUGAGUCAUUGCUUUUCUCAGCCUGGCUCCGGCUUCCCAAGGAUGUAGAUUCAAACACAAGAAAGAUGUUUAUUGAGGAGGUGAUGGAGCUUGUGGAGCUCAAACCUUUAAGAGAUGCUUUAGUUGGUCUUCCUGGAGUUAAUGGUCUCUCAACUGAGCAGAGGAAGAGACUGACCAUUGCGGUAGAGCUUGUUGCUAAUCCUUCAAUCAUUUUCAUGGAUGAGCCAACUUCAGGGCUUGAUGCCCGAGCAGCUGCCAUUGUGAUGAGGACAGUGAGGAAUACUGUCGAUACUGGUAGAACUGUGGUAUGCACUAUUCAUCAGCCUAGUAUCGACAUAUUUGAAGCAUUUGAUGAGCUUUUCCUCAUGAAGCGAGGAGGAGAAGAAAUAUAUGUUGGCCCAUUGGGCCAUAAUUCUUCAGAGUUGAUUAAGUAUUUUGAGGGAAUCCAAGGAGUCAGCAGAAUUAAAAAUGGCUAUAAUCCAGCCACGUGGAUGUUGGAGGUGUCAACAAUUUCUCAAGAACAGGCACUAGGUGUCGAUUUCUGUGAUAUAUACAGGAAAUCUGAACUCUUCGAGAGGAACAAGGCGUUGAUACAGGAACUGAGCACACCACCACCAGGCUCAAGUGAACUUUAUUUCCCUACACAGUACUCACAAUCUUUCUUAAAUCAAUGCAUGGCUUGCCUGUGGAAACAGCACCUGUCAUACUGGAGGAACCCUCCUUACAACGCCAUAAGAAUAUUUUUCACAACCGUCAUAGCUCUCCUCUUCGGUACUAUCUUCUGGGACCUUGGUGGUAAAACGGGUCAAUCACAAGAUUUGUUCAAUGCAAUGGGGUCAAUGUAUUCCGCAGUGAUGUUUAUUGGCGUGCUAAACUCUCAAUCAGUUCAGCCAGUGGUAUCAGUGGAAAGGACAGUUUUUUACCGUGAAAGAGCUGCUGGCAUGUAUUCAGCUCUCCCGUAUGCAUUUGGACAGGUUACCAUUGAAUUGCCGUACACACUGCUCCAGUCUGCCAUAUAUGGCAUCAUAGUAUACUCGAUGAUUGGGUUCGAAUGGACGGCGGCUAAAUUCUUCUGGUACCUCUUCUUCAUGUACUUCACGCUGCUGUACUUCACAUUCUAUGGCAUGAUGGCUGUGGGCCUGACACCAAGCUACCACGUCGCCUCAAUCGUCUCCUCGGCUUUCUAUGGCAUUUGGAACCUCUUCUCCGGGUUCAUCAUCCCCAGACCGAAAGUUCCAAUCUGGUGGAGAUGGUAUUGCUGGAUAUGCCCUGUUGCAUGGACGUUGUACGGGCUGGUUGUCUCGCAGUUUGGUGAUAUUACGACGCCAAUGGAAGAUGGCACGCCCGUAAAAGUCUUCGUUGAGAACUACUUCGACUUUAAGCACAGCUGGCUGUGGGUGGUGGCCGUGGUGAUCGUCGCAUUCACCAUGCUAUUUGCCUUCCUGUUUGGCUUUGCGAUCAUGAAGCUCAACUUCCAGAAGAGAUAGUGAUUGAUAUAGGAUUAGGAAACAUGUCCUCAUUAUCAUAUACGAAAUAAUUUGUGCAUAUCGGUAUAGCAAAUAAAUAGAAAUUGAAAUACUUGUUGUAGUGGUCAUGGAAAUUUUGGUGGUUUGUUCUCUUCCAUUCUCUUGUAGUUGGAAUUAAACAUUUGUAUACUAAUUUGUAAAUGAUGUG